AUGGGCCCCUUGAGACUGAGCAUUCCCCGGCCCGAGGACGAGAACCCCAGGUUGAAGUGCAAAAACUGUGGAGCCUUUGGCCACACUGCAAGAAGCAGUAGAUGUCCCAUCAAGUGCUCAAGUUGGAUUGUAGUCCCACAGCUCCUGGGGCCAAGGAAGGAGAACCAGAACCCAUGCAAGACCCAGAACCUGAGGAAUCCAGGGCUGCUCAGUCAGGAAAAGAGAGAAAAGGAGCCAAGAAACAGACCAGAUCAGCAGAGCAAGCAUCUCCUCCACAUGUUUUCCCUGGGAGCCCAAAUGAAGGACCAGCGAAACCACGUGGAUGUGACUAGAAGUCCUGACGGUUUUACUCAUCCAGGCGUGCCAAUGCUCAUUCACAGGACCAGGAAGAUACCUGCCGUGGACCAUGCUCCAACUAGUCUGCCACUUGACAAGAAAUAUAAGAGGAAACACACAUACCCUGAAGAGCCUCUCAUCCAAAGCCCUGAUCCCACCUUUUCAUCUCCAGGACAUGUCAAAAGUAAGAAGGAGGCUAUCACAGCUACCCAGAAGCCUGUGUCCUUGUACUAUGUACCAAAGCCUUCCCUUGAGAAUCUGAGGGGUCAGAGUCUACAGGGACACUCUCAAAGUCCAAACUUGGCUUCAAGAAUGCAUGGAAAGGGUAAAGUGCUCAGCAGACACUCACCAGCCACGUGCCAUGAUGGGAACAGACAUCCUGUCCUACAUACACAUGGACAGGUCCCCAAACUGAGCUUCUGGGUACCAGGCAAGAAGCCUUCAGAUGUCUCCCUGCAGUCUAGGCAGAAUCCCACAAAGAAAGUGAAAGUCAGUUCCAUCCAGUCCCCUGAGAACAGCUUUGUAUGUCCUGCUUUGAAGGCUGCCCUGGAUCUGCAGACGUCUGAGAGGAUCAAGAGGCCUGGACUACAAGAGUCAUCCAAAGCACAGCAACAGCAUCCUUGGGCCCCUGGAGACUCCAACCGGGAAACUUGGAGGAAGCAUCCUGGAGACAUGGCAACUGAGGAGCUGCAGUCCGGAGCUUCCUGGAUCCCGACGUCGGAGACCUCCGCAGACCUGGGCCAGGAUCCCACGCCUGUGGCAGCGGAGCUGACUCCCGGCGGCGGCGGCGGGAAACUCCGUCUUGGUUGGCAGAGACCUCAUGGUGCGGGCGCUGGGCUGCAGAACGUGGGAAACAGCUGCUACGUGAACGCAGCGCUCCAGUGCCUGACAUCUUCCCACCCAGGCGGGAGCUGUGAUUUCUGA